GGUUUUUUGUUUUUGUGUGAGUUAAUGCAGUGUGGGAGGUUGGAAGCUUAGCUGAAAGUUGAUAAAGAGUAGAAAAGAGUGAAUUGUGUGUGGGGGGAAUGAGCUGAGUUGAUAAUGAGUAGACUCUCAUUUAGACCGCGUCCUCUUGAUAUUCACAAGAAGUUGCCAAUUUUAAAGUCUAUCAAGGAUUUUGAGGAUGAUGAUUCCCAGACUAAUACCCGAAACCUUAUUCUUCGUCUCGCUGCUGAAGCUACGGAAAAUGAGGUACCACAAACUUCUAGCAAGAAGUUGGCUCCCGAAAUACCUACUCCUGAGUAUGUUGUUGUGGAUACAUAUGAAAGAGAUUAUUCGCGAACUUUUGCUCAGCCGACAUCAUAUAUACAUGCUAGAGGAGCUCGGGCUGAGAUUGGAGAAUUCGUUGAGUAUGAUCUUGACAAUGAGGACGAAGAUUGGCUCAAAGAAUUCAACAGAGAAAGAAAGGUUCUUGCGGCUGAAACGUUGGAGACGAUUUUGUUCAAACUUGAAGUUUUAGAUCACAAGGCCCGAGAAAGAGCAGGAGUUAUAGUAAAUACGCUUGGCUCGCCAGUUCCUGUGCUUCUAAGUUUUGAUGCUGCUGUUGAGGCCUUGCAAUCUUUAUCCAUUAAAUAUGGAGUAUUCCAGUCUAUUUAUAAUUACUGGAAGGAUAAGCGGGAGCGGUGGCAGAAGCCUUCUCUUCGGCGUUUGCAGCCGCCUCCACCAGUUAAUGACACGAAUCCAUAUAAUGUAUUUAGGCCAAGGGAGAAGGCCCACAGACUUCAUACAAGAAGGAUGCAAAGGAGGGAAAACAACGCACAGUCAUUUGAAAAGCUUCGCCAGGUUAGGCGCAACCUCGACCAAGCAAAGAUCAUUCUUGAGGCUCUCAUCAAGAGAGAGGAGAAGAAGCGAGAGUUUAUUGAGAGUGAGAUUAGUCUCCAGAGACUUCAAAUGAAACACAAGAAUGAAACUGAGCUUCUUGAGGAUACCUUGGCUCUGCCUGAAUUUCCUUCCUUCCCAAGUAAGGUUGGUUCAAGUGAGGACGAAUUUGCCGACUCUGAUGAUCCUUCUAUUGGCCGUCCACAUGAUAGGCAUGUGACACAACACAUAACCUUCCCCGACACGAAGCUGGUGACAGCUUCUCCUAGAAUCAUGAGGCGAGAGUUCAAGCGAAGACAUGUGCCGCAUGGAUGGCUCCAUAAAUUGGAUCCAAACGAGCCACCACUGCUGUUCACGAAACCUCUGGACCCAGCCAAAUUGUCUGCUGCAGGCAUUAUACCUCCAGGUUCUCCAACACCAAAUGGCCUACCUGCCCGCACAUUUAGCUUUCGUGGAAGGAUGGGGCGAGGUGGCCGCAUCGUGUUUGAUAGAUGGAACCCACUUAGCCAUACACCAAUUGAGUGCGGUGAUACUUUAUAUGUUCCACCGAAGGCCCGGCAUUCUGCACAUCAAUGAAAUAUUCAGCAUUUCAUGAGCUUGUGUCUCUAUCCCCUUAAAAGUUGUAUAUGCGUAUGAUAUUUGCAAGGAUGAUGCUAAAGAUAGAAGGGAAAAUUUUGAGCCAGUGACAAUCGAAGAACCAAGACUCAGUUUUGGACUUUGAAGAGGCACGGAAAUAUUUAACAAAAGUGCUGAAGGCAGGUGCCGUAGAAUGCUUAAAGCAUCGUUUUGCCGUGGUGGCCUGCCCUUUUCUUUUUUGCAGGUGCAGGGUGUACCAUUUAUUUCCAAGUUAAGAAAUGAAAGCAUCUCUCUGCCCAAUUGUACACUAUUUCCAAGUUACGACAGGUGUAGAAAAAGAGGAAAAAGUAUCUUCGUCCCUGUCUUUGUAGAAUGUUGUUGAUGAGGUCUAUUUUAAGUACAUGCCCACGUAGAUAAUGCAUGUCUUCUGUUGUAAAUGAAGGAUGAAGUUGGCCAGGUUUAGCGAUUCAUUCUUAAUUAGGUCUGUUUAUUUUCGUAUCUUGCAAUUUUCCAGUUUUACUUUAUUACGGGAUGUUAUAAUGUUUAUUGUGUAAAAUGAAGUCCUAUUGGAAAAGUGAUAUUUCAAAGGCA